GGAAGGAUUUAUCUAAUUUUCUUUGAGCAAUUGCGUGAGAAAAAGUGCUCUUAGUGAUCAAAGGUUCUAUUCGUUUUUUUCAAAUCCGGAUCAUGACACGUUGCUACUCAUUAUGUUUAUAUCAUUAAAGGUCAAAGGUUGCAUUAGAAAAACUUUCGGUUCUUGUGAAUUUCGAAGAAUUGCCGGUGAUCCGUCUGUUAUCCGGAUGAAGGGUCGAGAGGUGAGGACGUCCAGAACACCUGAAGGUCGUCAAAGUGAAUGCACUGUCCAAUAAUUCACAACUUGCACUAUAUAUAAAGGCGUGCCAACUCGCCAGACAAAGAGUCACUCAGUUAAGUCAAACAUAUUCCUAUAAUUUUUGCUCUUUUGGAACUGAAUUCAAAGUGAACACUUCAAUAUCCUAAAAUGAAGUUAGCAUUUUUACUACUUAUACUUGGAAUAUUUCUGAUUGGAGUAUAUUCCCAAGAAAGUUAUCGAAGAGAGUCACUUCGGGGAAUAAGUCGAUACGACAGAAAUAAGCAAAACCAAUAUAAAACACGUGCUCCUCCACCACGAAGAACACCUUCACCUCCUAGGAAACAUCAAUCACCUAUUAGAAAAUCUCCUCCUCCUCCUCCUCCUCCUCCUAGAAGACCUUAUCCUACUCAAAAAUCUCAAAAUACUCCGAAGUACUUUCCAGAGCCUACACGCAAACCAACGAGAAGACCAUAUAGACCGGCUAGCCCACCCAAAAAUUAUAAAAAAUCUUCAAUCCCAGGAGUACCAGGUAGAGAUUAUCCAACUUUCAAUAUCCCAAGUAAAGAUUUCGAGUGCCGUGGAAAGGCUCCAGGUUACUACGCCGAUGUGAAUACCCGUUGUCAGACUUAUCACAUUUGCUUAAAUACCGGCGGUAAAAGAAGUUUUCUGUGCGUCAAUGGAACAGUUUUCAAUCAGAGGUCUUUCACUUGUGACUGGUGGAAUAAAGUUAAUUGUCAAGAAUCGCCUAAGUUCUUCCAUAGAAAUACAGAAAUUGGAAAAGAAGAAAAUUCGCGUAGAAGAUUUCCUAUUAAUCCUCGCAUUAGUAACCCAUAUUGAAAUUAACUAUCGGGUUGAAAGCUUACUGUAACCAUUUGUUUUUUCUUAUAUUAAAUUUUUCGACUCAUGUCUCUUAAAUUGUCUACAUUCUUCUUUUAAAACCACAUAUACUAAGAACAAAUGUAAAAAUAUUUACUUUUCACCGAUCGUGUUCGACCCCAUUAAGGGUAGGCCCGUUCUGUGUGAGAAAAACUGAAACAGAUCCCACGGUCAGGGCUGGACAUAAACUUUUUGUGGUCCUAAGCUAUGCCAUGUAACAGGCCUCCUUCACCAAAUAAUGAUACAUAUAAAAAUGUGAGGCUCUGAGCUAUAGACUCAUAACGCGAGACCCUAUCGAUAUGAAAAAGUAAAUUCGCGAUUUCAUCUGAUCAAAUAUAAAAAUAUAUAAUAUCAA